AUGUAUCUAGUUCUUCUUUAUCUCUCACUCAAUCCAACUCAAUUUCCCAUUGUUACUAAGAUACUUACUAGGAGGGUCAGUAAGACAUCUUACUACUAUUGGUAUACCUCUGGUAUAGCUUUAUCCCCAACUGAGGCCACUGAAGAGGAGAAUGAGGAUGUUCCCCGAGACCUGGACAUACUAGUAUCCAGCGCAUAUGAGAACGACCAGCAAAUGAAAGAUAUCAUCGAGGCAAAGCAAAGGGGUGACCGCCGCCUACCCCCUCACAUAAUUGCCAGCGGAAUCAAGCUCUCUAUGGGAGAUAUUGAAGUACGAGACAACAAGAUAUGGCUGGGCAAACGCUUAAUGAUCCCAAACGACACCGAUCUCCGGCGCAUGAUAUUUGAAGCUCAUCACACUGUCAGAACAGCAGGUCACCCAGGCGCGAAGAGCAUGUAUCGCAGCCUUCUGAGAGGAUAUUUCUGGCCAGGCAUGAAGGAGGACUGCAAACAGUACGCAGAUAACUGUCACGACUGCCGCAGAGCUAAGGCUCGCACAGUACUCAAGCAGGGCCUAUUAAAACCAUUGCCAGUCCCACAACGACGGUGGCUAGAUAUCUCAAUGGAUUUCAUCACCGAACUGCCACCGUGCCACCGGAAGGGACGAACGUACAAUCAUAUCAUGACAGUAGUAGACCGGCUUGGCAAGGGACGAAUAUUUGAACCGUUGAUGACUUUGGAAGUUGAAGAGGUUUAUGAGGCUGUGAACCGGAGAGUCUUUUGCACACGGGGUUUACCCGCCUCUAUUGUCUCAGACCGAGGGCCUCAGUUCAUCAGUCACCUAUGGAAGCGACUAUGUCAACGGCGAGGCAUCAAAGUAAAGCUGUCGUCAGCCCAGCAUGCAGAGACUGAUGGCCAGACCGAGAUCAUAAAUAAAGCCAUCAAGACGUAUCUCCGGAACUACGUCGACUACCUACAGGAUGACUGGGUAGACUACCUGCCCGAAGCGGAGUUUGUCGGGAAUAACAGUGACCACUCAGCGACUGGGAUGAGCCCGUUCUUUGCUGACUUCGGAUAUCACCCUCGAAGUGGUGCUGAACCGCCAGGGACCUAUGAGGGGCGAGGGAAGGCUGAGGUAGAGACUGCAGACCGCAUCAUCAAGCGCAAUGAGGAGAUAAACGAAUGGCUAAGAGAUCAGUUGGCAUGGGUCCAGGAGGAAUACGAGCGACACGCAAAUAAACACCGGCAGCCACACCCAGAAUAUAGAGUUGGGGAUAGAGUAUUUGUCGAUGCUAGGCACUUCGCUGCCGAACGACCCAGCAAAUCCCUAGGCCUUAAGAAUGCGGGCCCAUGGAGGAUUACGAGAGUCAUUGACAAUAAGGCUUACGAAGUAGAGUUACCGGAUCAUCUGAAAAAGGCUGGUCUUACCCCAAUCUUCCACCCGUGGAAGUUACACCUCGCACCCGAUAAGCCCUAUCCGGGCCAACGCCAAAAGCCUCAACCAGCUUUUCUGAUUAACGGAGACGACGACGAGGAACCGCAUGACGAAUGGGAAGUAUUGGAAGUAGUCGACUGUCGACAGACGAAGCGCCUAGGUGUGCAAUACAAAGCAACAUAUGUUGGGGACUGGGACGAAUGGAAUGCUGCUCCUCCGUGGCAGCCAUGGACGGAUUUUAAGCGCGCUCCAGACAAAAUCCGCGCCUUUCAUAAGCGGUAUCCGAUGAAGCCAAAACCCCCCUCGGUGAACUUAUAUCGAUCGUAA